AUGACGAUGGCGGCCAGGAUCAGCUGCGGCCUAGUUUUGCUGUUUGGGGUGCAGGCUCUGGUCCAGCCGCCGGCAAAGCCUGAACAGGUGCAAGUACUUGGAUGCUUCGGUGGUUCACAGCCCCACUCAGCUCGGUGUCGGGACGGCAAGUGCUUCUACAGAUGCGUCCACCCCGACUCCAACAGCACAGAGCUGGUUUGCAAGGAGCAUGAGACUCUGCACAUGGUGGGUGUCAGUGCCGGCGGCAUAAGCUGGGCGUGCCAAGAGCUCAUUUCGUGUCCAGUGAAGCCGAUCCUUAUCGGAUGCCACUGCACCGUUCAAAAGACUUGCAUUUGGGGCUGUGAUUACUGGGGCAGCUCGGACUUACACUGCCACGCAAGCAGCCUCGAAUACCUUAGGCCGGGACGAAUUCUGCAGUGUGCUGAGGGAAAAGAUCCUGAGAAGAUGGGAGGGAAAGUGGUGCACAACUGGGUCUGCUAG